AUGGGUAACACCGAGACUCUUACGAUUAGUGUCGCCAACAAGUCAAAGGCAAUGCAGAAUUUUUACUUAUUCCAGGAGAAGCCAAGGGUGCCCGGUGUUGAUGAAGAACAGAUAUUCUCAAAUGCCUAUGGUGUAGCAUCUACCAUCCAGCCUCCUGGAAUUGCAACAUUCACCAUCAAUCACACCUACUAUGCUCUUUGUGGCACAUCGACAAAUCCUUUGGCAGAAGGCGUGACAGUGAGCACAGUCAUUCCCGAGAAUGUUGUCCUUGGAACAGGUAAAGGUGAUGCUACAUUGGCACGGUUGACAACGAAGGAGCAGCGCCCCUUGUGGCAGCGUCCACCACAGACCCUAAAGGCGCUUAAUGGGUUUGGCAUUCAGACGGAUGGCUCUUUCCCAUACCCGAGUGAGACCAAUAUCUUUAUUGGUGUUGGAGCCGAUGAUCCUGUUAGCGGCAUUGGGAACAAGAUUGCUGUAACCUCCAUUCCGGCCGAGCCUUCCAAAAAGUACACAUUCACACCAAUAAAGAAGUACUAUGUUUGCACGGGAGACUAUCAGCGAGGCGAAAUAGUUGAUGUCAGCAGUAUUGGAAAUCCAUUUGAACUGGAUUUGACUCAAGACCCAGCUCAUCUUGUGCAGUUGGAAUAUGACCAGUUUGGGAAGUUCACACGGAAGUGA